CUCAUAAUUUAUGCCAUUUUUUUCUCCCUAAAAUAAAUACCCUUUUUUUCUCGAUCUCUCUGCUCACAAAAAUCUCCUUCUUUACCGCAUUGCCACACACCGAUCUCACAGAAAAUCAAAGGAGUGGUUGGAUUACAACCAUAACUGGUCAAUACCGGUAUCUGCAUGUAUAUGCUGGCAAUCAGUCAUAUUCAAUUGACUGAUUGCCAAAUUGCAGAUGGGUGCCCAGAGUUCAGUGAAGCCUAAGACAGCCUUGGAGGGUGUGCAUGGAGUGCAAGUGGUGCCUCAUUCACCAUUUGCAUUGGAAGAGAUAAAACAACAUGGGGGCUUACAUAAACGGAGCCAUGCAAGUUUUCCUGUUGGAACACGACACCACCUAAUAGUGCAGAGAGUUUGGCAGCAAAGGCCUGGUUGCCUCAGGCCCAUCCGUUGCAGUUGCCAUGGUGAUCGAACCGUUGCUGAAACUAUUGCGAAUGUGAUCACUUCUCUUCCUUUUAUUGCUCUUGGACUUCAGGCUCCGAGGAAAAAUCUUCAUUGCAAACUUUAUGCCAAUUCAUUGAUUGGAGUUGGAAUUGUCUCCAGUUUGUACCAUGCUUCGAGAGGCAAAAUAAGACGCUAUAUGAGAUGGGCUGACUACUCAAUGAUAGCAACAGCAACAGUGUGUCUAUCAAGGGCACUUAGAAAUGAGAAUCCAAAAUUGCUGAUGGCAGCAUCUGCAGUCCUCUUACCAAUCCAACCUUUGAUGGUUUCUGCUGUGCACACUGGAAUGAUGGAGGUUGCAUUUGCCAAAAGAGCACUUCAAGAUCCGGAUCUAAGGAUGAGUCACAAUGUGCACAAAAUGUCAUCAUUGCUAGGGGGUGCUCUUUUCAUAGCUGAUGAUGUCUUUCCUGAAACACCUUUCUUGCAUGCUGGUUGGCAUCUUGCUGCUGCUGUUGGGGUGAGCACUUGCAAUAAGCUUCUUGAGUAGGUCGCUAUUAUUCCAAUAUAAUUCCUGCCAAAUUUGUCGAAACCACUUGCCAUUGCCUGCAAAGAUUUUCCAUUUAUUGAAACAAGAAGUGAAAAAGAACACACUGCAAUCUUGGCUCAGUCUUGUAAUUCAAUGGUCUAUCCUUAUUACUAUUCAUUGUAGUGUUUAUUGGUUUAGAGAAGUAGUGAUAGACUGAUAGGUAUCUGUUAUAGCUAUGUGCUGUAGAACGAUGGCAAUUAGCGUUGCUUUUUAUUAUGAUGCCAGUGUGAAACAUUGUUUGCAGAAUAUGAUUGUUCUUCAGUCUUGUGCUGAAUGUCUAGUAUUCUUGCAGACAACAUCUUAACAUAUGGACUGAGUUUUCAUGUGAAUAAUGUUGAAUGCUGCAGUUUGUCUUA